AUGUUGAACAAGAUGAUAUUACACCCACAGCAGAUAAUGAUAGGUCCUAGGUUCAACAGGGCCCUAUUUGACCCCCUUUUUAUUGUGCUUCUGGCUCUUAAACUUCUUGUGGUGGCUGGCUUAGUAAGAGCUCAGACCUGUCCUUCUGUAUGUUCCUGUAGUAACCAAUUCAGCAAGGUCAUUUGCACAAGGAGGAACCUACGAGAGGUCCCAGAUGGUAUAUCCACUAACACAAGACAGUUAAAUCUCCAUGAAAAUCAGAUCCAGAUAAUUAAAGUGGACAGCUUUAAACACUUACGGCACUUAGAAGUUUUACAGUUGAGUAGAAACCAUAUUAGGACGAUUGAAAUUGGGGCCUUCAAUGGCUUGGCAAACUUGAAUACAUUGGAACUUUUUGACAAUCGUCUGACUACCAUCCCAAAUGGAGCUUUUGAAUACUUGUCAAAACUGAAGGAGCUUUGGCUGAGAAACAAUCCCAUUGAGAGUAUCCCAUCCUAUGCUUUUAAUCGGAUCCCUUCACUUCGCAGACUGGAUUUGGGAGAGAUGAAACGCUUAUCAUAUAUUUCCGAAGGAGCAUUUGAAGGCUUGUCAAAUUUAAAGUAUUUAAACCUUGGGAUGUGCAACCUAAGAGAAAUUCCCAACCUUACCCCUCUUGUAAAACUAGAUGAGUUAGACCUUUCUGGAAAUCACUUGUCUGUUCUCAGGCCAGGAUCAUUCCAAGGAUUAACCCAUCUGCAAAAACUGUGGAUUAUGCAUUCCCAAAUUCAGGUGAUUGAAAGGAAUGCCUUUGAUGACCUUCAAUCACUGGUGGAACUCAAUCUGGCACAUAAUAAUCUAACUUUGCUGCCUCAUGACCUUUUCACACCUCUUCAUAACUUGCAAAGGAUUCAGUUGCACCAUAAUCCUUGGAACUGCAAUUGUGACAUUCUUUGGCUUAGCUGGUGGCUCAAAGAAAUUGUCACCACUGGCAGCACAUGUUGUGCUCGUUGUAGCACUCCACUCAGCUUGAAAGGAACUCAUAUUGCAGAAUUGGAUCAGAAUUAUUUUACAUGUUAUGCACCUGUGAUUUUGGAGCCACCGGCUGAUUUGAAUGUCACAGAAGGAAUGGCUGCUGAGCUCAAAUGUCGAGCAUCAACAUCAUUGACUUACGUUAGCUGGAUUACUCCAAAUGGAUCCAUUAUGACCCAUGGGGCUUACAAAGUGCGUAUUUCAGUGCUGAAUGAUGGCACAUUGAACUUUACAAAUGUAACAGUGCGUGAUACGGGCUUGUACACAUGUAUAGUGAGCAAUUCCGCUGGGAACACCACUGCCUCAGCAACACUGAAUGUGACUGCCAGCGAUAAUGGUUAUACAUACUUUUCCACAGUCACUGUAGAGACUAUGGAACCAUCUCAGGAUGAGGCAAGGACCACAGAACAUAAUGUGGGACCAACGCCGGUCAUUGAAUGGGAAACCACUAAUGCAACCACUUCGAUCAUGCCACAGAGCACAAGGUCUACAGAGAAAACCUUUACUAUACCCAUUACAGAAGCAAACGGUGGAAUGCCAGGGAUAGAUGAGGUUAUGAAGACUACCAAAAUUAUAAUUGGCUGUUUUGUGGCCAUCACUCUCAUGGCAGCUGUAAUGCUGGUCAUUUUCUACAAAAUGAGGAAGCAGCAUCAUCGGAAAAACCAUCAUGCUCCUACACGGACUGUUGAGAUUAUAAAUGUGGAUGAUGAACUCACAGCUGACACUCCAAUUGAGAGCCACUUGCCCAUGCCCGCUAUUGAACAUGAGCAUCUAAACCACUAUAACUCUUAUAAGUCCCCUUUUAAUCACACAACAACAGUGAACACAAUAAAUUCAAUACACGGCUCUGUGCAUGAACCUUUAUUGAUUCGAGCAAGCUCUAAAGACAAUGUGCAAGAAACGCAGAUCUGA